AUGCCUCUGAGACGGGAAAAACAAGACACGCAUCUAUUGAAGAAUCUGAAGGGUGAGAGCACAAUGACGAACAUAUCGAUCGUUCGUGCUGCGCAGGACGAGCAGAUCAAGUCGAGCAAGCCGGUACAAAAAAGCGGUGAGAAGGAGGACAACGACUACGUUUUCCGUUCACGUCUCAAAUUCAAAUCCCGGGCCAUUGGUUCCAACAUCGCCGAAAUACACCGCCAAAUUUUUGCAAAAUCUGCUGUCGGGCAGAAGGUCCUGGAGCUCUUCGGAGCCACGACUGCAGACGACAAGUUUGACGAUCUGACCCGCAGGCUGGAAGAAGCCACCAAGCAGAACCAGGUUUUGAAAGCCUUCUGCGAUACCAAGACACAUGAAAAGGACGACACGAUAGCCGUUCUCCAAACUCAGAUAGGAGAAGGCCAGGUUGAGAUUGUCCAACUCGGUUUGCAUAUCACCCAGCUCGAAUUGGACUUCAGGUGUAAGGAACGAAGUCUUCAAAGCAAAGCGGAAAAUCUCCAAAACCGCCUGGAUGACGUGUUCCGCGCAUCUCAGAUUCUCGAAAAGUCAUUGGAUGACCUGCAAUCCGAUAAAUCUGAGCUUCAAGGCAGCCAGCAGGCUUUAGAGUAUGGCAUGUCUGACCUUCGAACGCAUGCUUCAUCAGACUUCCCCAGGUUCACCCUGUCGCAAUACAAUAUUCACUCUCGCAUUCAGUUCCUAUACGGGAAGUCCAAGGCCAUCGUCGACUUCGAAAGGAGUCGGUUCUACAACAAGAAGCCGCUGGCGAUUCUACGGGUACACGACGUCCCCAGAAUCCUCGUCUCCCACAUCAGAUCCUUGGACCAUGGUGCCUACCCAGUAGACUCGGAUGUUGAAUUGUUGUUCAUGGAGCUGUGGUCGAUGUGGGAGGACCCCGCCAGCAUGUCUAUAGGUGACAAAGAGACUCUGUUCUGGCCGUUGUAUGAGUUUUGUUGGAUAGUCAUCAAACAUCACAACAAGCCUUGUACGCCUCUCCACCAGUGGGUUAUCUUACAGCUCAUCACCGCGCUCGUCGUUUACGGUUUCUCGGAUGGUGUCUCCGACGACCUUGAUGAGGCCAUGGCCAAUAUUCUGCAACUCCAAACCCAAAGUCUAACGAAAUUCGGCCAGAUGGGGCUCGAACAUCUACGAAGGACUAUCGACCACCGAUUGCGUUUCGUACAUCCCCUCUACCCACUCCAUCUCACGGCACCCUUUGCCUCAGAGCCGCACUGCACAAGGCAAUUCCAAUGUGAGGAUGUUCGAAACGAGGAGAGAUGGCAUGCCAGUUGUACCUUCUUCGAAGAAGACUCUUUCCAUCUUGUGCUAUAUAGCAGCAACGGGGACGUUACUAUGAGGCCUGUGGUUAUCUUUAAUGGCGAGGCUAGAAGGGUUGGCUUUGUGGGGCGCGGCGCUCAUCCGUAUUUGCUGGUCUCGGUCAAAGAGGGAUUGAAGAUCUGGAAGGUGGUUCCGACAGAUGCGAGAGAUUUCCUGGAGUGGUCAGAGACGAGAAACAUUGAUGUGACGCAGGAGUUGCUCUCAGUCAUCGACGAACAGAUAGCGCACCAUCCAUAG